AUGUCUGACUUUGAGGACAAUGCCGGUGUCUCUGAUAUGGCUCAGGUCGAUCUAGAUCCAGGCGCAGCCAUAUCACAGCAAUCGUUCGACCCUUCUGAGGGUGCUUCACGCUCGAAAACCUCUUCCAUGAAUAUCAACGGCUCCGAAGAGCCUGACAAGAACCCCGACAAUGUCAACACAUCCUUCGAGAUUAUUGUCCCAAAAAUCGCAAACCCAGAGGACUACGACUACCUGCCAGGCCGUUUUGAAGCAUUAUCCAUUCUGGCAGUUGACAUGUAUGAGCCAAAGCUCAUUGUUCGAUUGAAGAGCGGCGAACGUACAACUUUCACUGCGAAGCAACUGCUCAAGUUGAAGAACGGCCCACAUGUACUCCGCGACUUUCUCGAUGGCUCACAGAGCCCUGACCCUCUAUCGAUGAACCUGGACCCCAAACCACACCUCAUCCACACCAGUGGCGACGGAGCGGAUGAUGUAGAUGAUAGCGUGACUCGGCAAAUCGGUAUUGCGAGAAACCGCCAGCGGCGCCUUGGGAUCUCGGGAGCAUCCUUCAGUCAUUUCUUCAGCACGAGAUCAACUCGCAACAAUGAGAAGGUUGUUCAGGAUUCUUCUAGCUCCGAGGAACUGGAGAACAUCGAGUCAAGCCCUGCCCCUAGCACUGAUUCGGAAGAUGUUCGUCCAAACAGACGUCGCCAUCUCAGGCGAGGCGCCCAGAAGAACAAAAGACGACGUACCCGUGAGUCAUCGGAAGAAUCUCUUGCCUCGGAGAGAGGAACCAGAGUCUCAACUCGCCUGAAAAAAGCCGCCAAAUACAAUUUCAAAGAGCGAAUGGAAGAUGACGAGAUGUCAGAGGUCGAAGUCGUGGCCCCAAAGAAGAAGUUCUCCGGGGCGAAGGAGCAAUUCGUUGAGCUGCCAGAAGACGAUCCUUUCAGGGAAGCUCAUUCCUCAAAAUGUUUCUCUUGUGAGAGGUGGGAGGAUGAAAGCUCCAGGGAAGAAACAUUGGUUUACUGCCAAGGUUGUACUUCAUCAUACCAUCGGGAAUGUCUUGGAACUCGAGCCGCGCGAAAACACUUGGUCACCAAGGUUGGAGCUGAUAACUUCAUUCUCCAAUGUUCCAGAUGCCUGGGAAUCAAACACCGAGAUCACGAUAUCUUGCCUCACUUGGGCCAUUGUGCUGUCUGCAAAGAAGCAGGGCCCAUGUCAACGCCCCUACGAGAUUCUUAUACCGCCCAAGAAGAACAGCAACUGCGCGAGGAGAACGGUGGCAUAGACCCGACAACAGAAGUAGAAAUGUCUCGCGUGAACAACAUCGACAAUGUUCUUACUCGGUGUACCCGCUGCAAGCGCGCUUUCCACAUCGAACAUAUUCUGCCGACUCCUGAAGCAGAUCGCUCCGAAAUACGCCCUGAGUAUUGGCAUUGCUCCGAUUGCUCCAAUCUUCCGGACGAGAUCCUUCCGAUCGGGGUCAUCGUUGCGUGGCGGCCGAAAACCGACGUCAAGGUCGUGCCUGGGCUGGUUGAAUUGGUACCAGAGAUCGAGAAAGAGUAUCUCGUCAAGUGGGCCAAAAAGUCUUAUUUCCAUGUCGUUUGGAUGCCUGGGGACUGGGUAUGGUGCAUGGCUCAUGCUGCGAUGUUCCAAACAUUCCUCAAAUCGCCCAAAGCCAACAAACCAAUCUGGACGAUCGAAGAAGCUGUUCCGGAAGAAAAUCUCCGAAUUGACAUCGUAUUCGAUGUCGAGUACACCCGCGAGCCAGAAUCUGCGGAGGAACGCGCCAACCCAGAGUUGGUCGAGCGUGUCUUUGUCAAGUUCCAAGGACUGCCUUAUGAGGAGACAUUGUGGGAGUUUCCACCGGCACAAACCGAUGUUGCUAGAUGGGAAGCUUUCAAAAACGCACUCGCUGACAAGGUGUUCGCGGAAAGUAUCCAACCACCGAAAUAUAAAGCCCUUCAAGAGCGAUUGAAAGCCGCUCGCGAAAAGGACUUUGAAAAAGAACUGGUUCUCAAAUCUCAGCCUAAGAUGGUGACCGGAGGAAAGCUGAUGGAAUAUCAGCUGGAUGGUGUGAAUUGGAUGUACUACAUACUCUUCAGGUCAUUGCUCUUUUGUCGGCCAUGA